GAGAGAAAAACCAUGGUGAACUCCCUCUUACUGAUGCUCAGCUGGACUAUCAUCUCUGAGGUGGCGAGAGCUCAGAAUGACACGGAGCCGAUUGUCCUGGAGGGGAAAUGUCUCGUGGUGUGCGACUCGAACCCGGCCACGGACUGGAAGGCUUCGUCCUCUCCGCUCGGGAUCUCGGUGCGCGCCGCCAACUCCAAGGUGGCUUUCUCUGCAGUCCGGAGCAACAACCAUGAACCGUCGGAGAUGAGCAACAAAACGAGAAUAAUAUACUUCGACCAGAUUCUUGUGAAUAUAGGAAACUACUUCACAUUUGAAUCAGUAUUUUUGUCCCCAAGAAAAGGAGUCUACAGUUUUAACUUCCAUGUCAUAAAAGUGUACCAGAGCCAAACCAUACAGGUGAACUUGAUGUUGAAUGGGAAACCGGUCAUUUCUGCAUUUGCGGGUGACAAAGACGUAACUCGUGAGGCGGCCACCAAUGGAGUUCUGCUCUAUUUAGAAAAAGAGGACAAAGUCUACCUAAAGCUGGAGAAGGGAAACCUAGUUGGUGGAUGGCAAUACUCAACAUUUUCUGGCUUUCUUGUGUUUCCUCUGUAAAAAAAAAAAAAAAAAAAAAAAGAAAAGAAAAAAGAGAAAAAAGAAAAAAGAAACGAAGAUUGUAAGCUUACUGACUUCUUCAUAAUGUGUUGUCACUGUAUAAUCAAAACAUUGCUGCUGCGUCCGCUGGAUUUCGCCAAAUUGUUGAAAAAUUAUAGAUGGGAAUGGAUCAGGACAGAGAGGGAUUGGAAAUUGACUUCGGAAAUAGUUCACAUUCUCUGGAUGUGCCGAGUCCCCGUCCAGAUGAGAGAGACUUGAAAUGUUCCCUAUCGCUACUGUAUGUUCCUGUCACUCAAGCAGCCUCAGAGAGGAACACUAAAACAUCCCAAAAGUACUUUUCAAACUUUGACUUGUCGAAAUAUAUUUAGCAUACUGAUUUUUAUCAUGGCAACUGUUGCAUUCAAGUACAUCUGCCUUCUGGGUGUAAAAUGUAUAUGCUUGUGUUACUUGUGUGACUUGUCAUCACCAAAGUAUUCACAUUGUAAGUAUUUCGGGAGGGGAUGUCUAAUUGUUCCAGGUCAAGAGGUGGUCAAAUGAGAGGGAUGAUGGUGGUGUAGGUCACCUUGAAUUUGAUUCAUUUAUUUAUUUUUUAAAGGAGAUUAAUGCUUAUUGCAAAGCGUGUUUAGUGAUCAGAGGCAUGGAUGGAUUAAUGAAUAGGCCUAUCUGGCACAAGGGUCCACACUGACCCCUUGGGCGUCUGGGCUUCAUCUGCAAUGUCACUGAAAGACUACAUACAACUUCAGACACCAAAUGACUGCAGAGCGGUGCAAAAUGACCACAAAAAGAUGCAAAACGACCAAAACAACACACAAAUCGAUUUCAAAGAGUCACAAAAGGACCACAAAGCAUUAGAAAAGACAACAAAGAGAUGCAUAACAACCUCAAAGACAAAAAAGGACUACAAAGAAGCACAAAAUGACCACAAAUUGAUGCAGAACAAGUACAAAGAGAAACUAAACAACACAAAUGAGACUCAUGACUGGUCUGCAUCGAUAUAUCAUUAAGUAGGAGGGACAGGGGUCUUGUAUGCAUCUGUGUCCCGGGCAAAGUCUCCGACUCCCACUGCGGUACUGUAAUGUGCUGUACCUUACCCGUCCUGCCACUUGCACAUAUGACCCGACAACUGACACAAGAUCCCAGAAAUUAAAUUAAAACAAAAUUCUACUGCAAAUAAAUUGCCGGGUACCGAGGGGUAACCGACCCUAUAAAGGACUGUAGCCCAGGGGCCCAUUGUGUCAUAAACCUCCUGUGAUCAGAGCUCAGAUUUAAUCAUAUUUCUGAUCAUUCAUGCUCACUGCUGAUACCAAUAUUUUGCUUUUGAUAAAUAAUAGUGGUAAGUUAACUUUAAACCUAGAAAUUAUAUCUAUAUUUAAAACGUUCUCAUUCCAAGUCGUCACAUAUUGUUGCUUUGCAGUGGAUUCCCGCAUCUAC